GGCAGUGCUGGGGCCCCGGCCCCCCCAGCCAUGCAGCCGGCGGAGAGUGAGCCUGGAGAGCGCCUGGCAGGCAAGGAGCAGGGGGCCGAGCGCCUGAGCCUGCUGGAGCGGCCGAACCUGCAGCAGAGCUACAGCUGCCCCGCUGCUCCCCAGAGCGUAGAGGAGGAGCCCGGGCCAGGAGCUGCCCAGGCCCGUGCAGCGCAGGUGGAGGAGAGGCCUCCUACCACGGCAGCCGACGCGAUGCCUGGAGACCUGGACACGGUGGAGGGGCCCUACCUGCCUGCGGAUGCUCAAGAGUCUCCAGAGAUGCCCAGCCCAGCCCCUGAGGGCGAUGGGGGGGACAGAACAUUGCCAGAGCCCCCCAGCUCCACAGAGACACCCCAGCCGGCUCUGGGCGACAGCCCUGCCGAGAAGCCCCCUGAAGAGGAGGGGGGAGCCGGACCCUUGUCCCCUGAGCUGGAGCCCCCGCCCAGCCCCUACCUCACGCCAGACUUCGGGAAAGAGGACCCCUUCUCCAUCCUGGAUGACAUGCCCCCGCCACCAGCCCCCUUCACCCACCGCAUCGUCACGCUGAAGUCGGCCAACCCCAGCACCAUGUUCAGCAUCAAUACCAAGGACAUCCUGGGGGGAGGGAAGUUCGGGGAAGUUCGCACCUGCACGGAGAAGCAGACGGGGCUCAAGCUGGCUGCCAAGAUCAUCCGGAAGCAGGGCCCCAAGGACAAGGAGAUGGCUCUGGUCGAGAUCGAUGUCAUGAACCAGCUGAACCACCAGAACCUGAUCCAGCUCUACGACGCCAUCGAGACGCCGCGGGAGAUCAUGCUCUUCAUGGAGUUCGUGGAGGGCGGGGAGCUGUUCGAGCGCAUCAUCGACGAAGACUACCACCUGACAGAGGUGGACUGCAUGGUGUUUGUGCGGCAGAUCUGCAACGGCAUCACCUUCAUGCACCACAUGCGCGUCCUGCACCUGGACCUCAAGCCGGAGAACAUCCUGUGCGUGACAGCCACCGGGCACAUGGUGAAGAUCAUCGACUUCGGCCUGGCCCGCAGGUACAACCCCCGGGAGAAGCUGAAGGUGAACUUCGGGACGCCCGAGUUCCUGUCCCCCGAGGUGGUCAGCUACGAGCAGGUCUCCUACUCCACAGACAUGUGGAGCAUGGGCGUCAUCACCUACAUGCUGCUCAGCGGCCUGUCCCCCUUCAUGGGGGACAAUGACACGGAGACCCUCAACAACGUGCUGGCUGCCAGCUGGUACUUCGACGAGGAGACUUUCGAGGGCAUCUCGGACGAGGCCAAGGACUUCGUCUCCAAUCUCAUCAUCAAGGAGAAGAGCGGCCGGUUGAGCGCGGCUCAGUGCCUGAAGCACCCCUGGCUCAACAACCUGGCCGAGAAGGCCAAGCGCAGCAACCGGCGCCUCAAGUCCCAGGUCCUGCUCCGGAAAUAUGUCAUGCGGCGGCGCUGGAAGAAAAACUUCAUCGGCGUGUGCGCUGCCAACCGGUUCAAGAAGAUCAGCAGCUCGGGGUCCCUGACGGCGCUGGGGGUCUGAGCGCGGGGCCGGACUGGCAGCAAGGGCCGCGGGGCAGCCACCUGCCACCUGAACUGUGCGUUGCCAAGCCCGGCCCUGGCUUCGGGGUGGCGGCAGUGGGCCGCCGGAGACGCAGGAGCUGCAAGCCCUGGAGAGAGGCUGGAUGUGCCCACGCUGGCCCCCGCACAUAUCAGGCCUCCGCUGCUGUGAGUGCCGCUGCGGCCCCUUUUCUCCAGUCCCCGGGAGAUGACUGCACUGGCGAGGCUGCUGCUCGGGACCCCUUCAGCCGGCACCGCUGGAGUCCUCCUCGCCUGGGAAGUUUUCUUCCUGCUGCCCCUAGCUCCUGGCCCCUGAGGCUGCAGCUGCCCUGGCUCCUAUGGCGUGGAGGUCUCUGGGCUGGAGCUGCAAGCUCUCAGUGCCGGAUCCCAGCGCUUGGCCUGCUUUGAGCCCCACCAGCUGCUAGACGCCGGCCCCUGCCC